UGUGUCGGGGUUAGAGGCAUUGGCCGAGGUGUGGUGGCUAAGACGUCUGGGCUAUGGCCGGGGCUAGGACCCGAAGCUGCGGCUGGGGCUCGCGUCUCUGCCGUACGCGGCGCAGUUGCCCCGGGGCUCCGCGGCGAGCAGGGCCACGGGGUACGAAGAGCCGAGAGGGAGGCCCCCAUACCCCCACCGACUACGCUACGCCACUCGUCGGGCCCGAGCUCGUCGCGUCUGGGUUAGGCUUGGGGCUCAGCGCCUUGGGGUUUUGGUCAGGGCUGGAGUUGGAGUUCGGGUUCGAGGCGCUCCAUGCGCUCCGCAGACCCCGUCGCUGCUGUCCCCGAUGGCCGCCGCCUGCUGGUGCAGUUCCGGGACGAGAAGGGAGCCGCGCUGGCGGCGCCGCUCGACCUCCCCGCGGAUAUCAACGCCCAGCGCCUGCAGCUCGUGUGCGACGCGCUGCUGCCUUCGGACGACCCCGCGCCGCUCGCCUUCUACGUGCACGAGGUGGAGAUCGUGGAGUCGCUGGAGCGCUCGCUGCAGCAGGCCCAGCCGGCCGCCGAGACUGAGCGAGCACUCGACGUGGUGUGCCAGCCGCAGGCGACGUUCCGCGUGCGCGCCGUCACGCGCUGCACCAGCUCGCUGCAGGGCCACGCCGAGGCCGUCAUCUCCGUCGCGUUCAGUCCCAACGGGCGGUUCCUGGCGAGCGGCUCGGGCGACACCACCGUUCGCUUCUGGGACAUCAGCACGGAGACGCCGCACUUCACGUGCACAGGCCACAAGCACUGGGUGCUCAGCAUCGCCUGGGCUCCUGACGGGAAGAAGCUGGCGUCUGGAUGCAAGAACAGCCAGAUCUUGCUGUGGGACCCGGAGACGGGGCGGCAGGUGGGGCGCGCCCUGACGGGGCACACCAAGUGGAUCACGUGGCUGUGCUGGGAGCCGCUGCACCUGAACGCGGAGUCACGGUUCUUGGCGAGCGCCUCAAAGGACGGCACGGUGCGCGUUUGGGACACGGCACGCGGGGCGUGCGAACGCGUGCUCGCGGGCCACACGCACUCCGUCACGUGCCUGCGCUGGAGCGGAGAGGGCCUCCUCUACUCCGCCUCGCAGGACCGCACCGUCAAAGUUUGGAGGCCGCACGACGGCGUGCUGUGCCGUACCCUGCAGGGCCACGGACACUGGGUGAACUCGCUGGCGCUGAGCACCGACUACGUGAUGCGCACGGGCGCCUUCGAGCCCAAGCACGCCACCAUCGUCCCACGCAGCAGCACCGCCUCCCUGGACGAGCUGAAGGAAAAGGCGCUGAAGCGAUACAACCAGGCCAAGGACGUGCAUGGCGAGGAGCGGCUCGUGUCGGGCUCGGACGACUUCACGCUCUUCCUGUGGCACCCGGUGCUGGACAAGAAGCCGGUGGCGCGCAUGACGGGCCACCAGGCGCUCAUCAACGCCGUGGCCUUCUCCCCCGACGGGCGCAUCCUCGCCAGCGCCUCCUUCGACAAGUCCGUCAAGCUGUGGGACGGACGCACGGGGAAGUUCCUGGCGGCGCUGCGCGGCCACGUGAGCGCCGUCUACGCGGUGGCGUGGUCGGCCGACAGUCGGUUGCUGGUGAGCGGCGGCAGCGACAGCACGGUGAAGGUGUGGGACGUGCAGACGCGCGCCCUCUCCGUCGACCUCCCGGGCCACGCCGACGAGGUGUUUGCGGUGGACUGGAGCCCGGAUGGGCAGAGAGUAGUCUCUGGCAGCAAGGACAAGAUGCUACGGAUAUGGCGGAAGUGAAUGCGGCCUGCCUGCCUGCCUGCUUCCUGCCGCGGGAGAAUCGCCAGUGGGGGAAGUUCGCCGCUCUCGGGGGGACCGCGACCGCGCCGCUCCCGGUCUCCGCCCGCAAAGUCCGCCGUGGCUGCCCCGCCCUGUGUACCUGUUGCCUCCCCUACCCACCCCUGUAUCUUAGUGGGCGAAGAGGCUCGUAUAUGAAGGCCCAGGGCAGGCACGAGGGGUCUGCGCGACGGUGCACGCGCCGUGGGAUCGGGCGGCCCGCGACCCAGCGACGCCGGUUAGCGAUCGGGACGAGCGAUGCUUUUUCUACCGGUGUGUUUCGUAAUGUAAAUACUCGUUUUACCAAUUGAUAAAUAAAACGGCGUUACCUUUGGCAUCGUUUCUGGGCGAUGACGUGUUACUGCGUGGCAUCAGUAGGGGGCGCGCGUGAAGAUGUGUCGAUUCGUCCGUUGAUAAUUAUCGGCGCUCGCGGUACACGGACCAAAACGCGCACGUAGGUUUUUUUUUUGCAGCAAAUGGGAUUCGCAGGUGAUUGUUGAGUUGGGUCACAAUGAGUUAACCAAACGUGACACAUUCUCCAGUAACACUGGCCUCAAAAUAAUAAAAUAUACGAGGCGACGUUUCAGGCAAUGGGCCCUUCCGUCCAGCAGAGACGCGAAGACCGGCCAUUGCCGAUUGAAUAUUUUAUUUCUUUUAAGGCCACAGUGCUAUUGACGAAUGUGUUAUUUGUUCAUUAUGCACCACUGCCAAACGCAGCAGCAGUAGCAGCAAAUUAUUUGUCCAAAUUUAUGUCGUAAAGACCCCUCUGCCACCCGAAAGCCAAACAAGUGUGUUCGUUUCGUGCCCCAAGCUUUUGACGACGCGCCAGUGACUCUUGUUUUGACUCUCCGAUGAGAAUCUCGUUCCCCGCAGCCUCGGGCGGUGUUGCCGCGUGCGUGCUUGGAGUUUGGGGAGUGUGCGUUGGUGGCGACAGCUUCCCAUUAUCGAUUGCCUGAGGUUGAAGGAACUGGGGGGGGGGGAGUUCCUCAAUGUUUGGUGAUCUCACUGCAACACCUGGACAUGACGUCCUGUUGCGCCAAGUGGCCAGUCUUGUGCCCGCUGGCGCAAGGCAAGCUAUCGGCGGCGGUAGAUCGGCAUUGGCACAUCUGAGGGUGACCGCGGUUUACGUCAGCGGUGUGCACACGGCGUGCUCGUCAAAGCCAUGACUGACGCUCAGUGUUUCUUGUAAAGAUUUUAAUAAACCGUAAAAAAAAAUAACUUUAAAUAUUUAGUCAUUAUAGCUUUAGCACUGUCACAAGAAGACGGGUGAAACAGGUGUUUUUUUGUAAAAGCACUGAUGUCCUGGGUCUGAGUCUGAGCAUAUGAACAUGGCUCGACACACUUCUCCGGCGAAGCUGCUGUCAACACAAAAUCGUACAAAAGUCACAUAAUUUAGAUGAAUUCCCGCUCUGAAACCUAAAACACUUUGGUUUCAUUGACAUGCAAACAAACACUCAAUAAAAGCUAUGACCCCACUGUGGAUAAAGGAAGAGCCGAGUGAAGCGACUUCAUUCUCUUCCGCAUAGCAGGACAACUUCAUUCUCUACCACGGCGUGGUGCACCGCUAGCCCUGCGGAGUUCCGAAUGGAAAUGUCUUCGUCUCAUGCCGUGACGCUGAUGGCACAAUUAGAAAGUAAUUGGGGACAUAACGAAAAAAAACCCACCGUGGAAUCUUGACCAGUCCUUCCCCCGGUGCCGCCCUCGGCCACACUCUCGCAACCGCUAUAGCAGUAGAGCGAGCGUGACGGCGAGCGUGACGGCGAGCGGACCGGCCCCCCGCGAGGCGAGGGUGGAAGCCGCGGCGCCGCCUUUGUCGAGGCCGCCUGCGUUGUCUCCGCACGCGAGCCAGUCUGUGAUGGGGCGUGGGUACCCCGGCUCGACACUCAGCAUCUUGUCUGACAGCUGCCAGUAGCUGGUGUCCUUGAAGAAGAAGCUUGAUCCUGCGGGCGGCAUCCACACGCGUAUCGCACGGCACCGUCAACGGCCUAAUCUACCAGUGAUCGCAUCUCCCGGAGGACCCGGUGUCUUCCAAGGUCCAGGUUUUAGCAGGGUGCUCAUGUAUCUCAGGUGUUCCAGUCUUACCUGGGCACCUAAUCUCUCCCAGGGGUGUUUCAGUCUCAAGCAGAGACCUCGCCUCUCUCAGUGGACCCAACUUCUCCCAAAAAGCAGUCUACCAAGGACCUCUGCUUCCCCAGGAGUUCCAGGCUCUACCAGGGACCAAAUAUCGUGCAAGGGACCUAGUCUCUACCAGGGGGACCAGCCCCUCCCAGGGUUCCCGUGUCACCGCCGCCCACCGUUGUUCCAGCUGAAGGCGUCGGUGAUGCCGUUGGGCAGGCCCUUCCACAGAGUCAGCUUCUUGGGGUAGCCGGACUCGACGCGGCGCAGUCUCUCGUCGUAGCGCCAGAAAUCGUCCUCGCGGAAGAAGUACGUCUUGCCGUUGUGGUACCACUCGAAGGCGGCGUGCACCCCCGAGGGGGGCAGCCCCAUUUCUGUCACCCGGUGGGGGUUCCCCUUGUCUGCUUUGGUGUUCUCAAACACCCAGAAAUCGCCACCUGCGUGUGGCAGACGUCGUGGUUAUGCACCUGGUUACGCACCUGGUCAUCAACUUGGACACACCUGGUUGCACACCUGGUCACGCACUUGGUUAGGCACCUGGUUAAACACUUGGUCAUAUUCCUGGCUAUGCCCCUUACAAACCCCGGCCGAUCUUCGUCAGUAAUGCUUGGCGCGCGACUUUGGUUUCAUUUUCAAAAUGUGGCUGCUUGAGCACAAGCCCACAAUACCAAGUGGGCAGCAGCGAACAGACCGAGGGAAGGUGUAAGAGAUUAAGGGUUGACGGGUUUCUUGAAUCGACAAGGGUCGUCGGACGUUGGGAAAAGAUUAUAUUUAAAAAUGCACAAAAACUUCUAAAGAGCACUCGGACUGUGUAUUAUCCAAAAAACAUCAGUUCCUGAAAAAAUGCAUUGUGUUUCUCUUGGGUUACCACCACAAUAAAUGUGAGCAAAUGUGACCGACUGA